AUGAUUCAUCUCGAGUAACAAUUCAUAAAUUUGUUGAUUGUAUUCUUUUUAAAUAAAAUGGGUAUUUACAAGGAUAAGUCUUAGAAAUUAUAGUUAACGUAAACUCUACGUGAUAACAAUGUUUUCCUCUUUCAUAAUCAAUAAUUUUAAGUUUAUGAAUUUCAAAAUACAAUUGAAUUAAAUAUUACCUUACUAAGAGAUUUGUAAAAUAUGUAAGUAUUCAUUAGUUCAUUAAUCUUUUACCCUUCUUUUUAGAUCACUUAGGUUUCAACUUUCCAGCAUUUUUAUCUGGCUAAUUCAUUUCGUGCCUUCUCUUCAUUUUCAUUAAUCAAAAUUAUUUCCAUUGCUAUAUUUACUAUUUCUUCUUAACUUAAUUGUCUAUAACCUAUAUAAACCCUUAUGAUUUAUCAUGUUGAAAGCUAAAUUAAAAUUCUUGAUCUGAGAAUUAGCUAAAUAUAUUUUUGUCUAAUUUGUAUUUAUUCAUAUUUUUUCAAUGGAUACAGGCUCAACUGUAUCAUGAAAUCUUAUAUUAAAGUGUUCUGCUUGCAAUAAUCCAAACUAGAAAUGCUAAAUUAUUAAAGGUAAUUUAAUGGAUCUCCACUAUAUGCUAUUAACAUUAUUGUUCAAUCACUUUUUGUAUUCAUUUAUUACCAACCUCUGCUUAUCUGUUUACGGUCUCAUAAAUUAUUAAAUGUUAUGUACAUUUUUAAUAUUCUUUUUUUAUUGGAAUGUUAUAAAUGUGAAACAAUAGUUCAGUGUUCAAAUUUCAUUAUUUCAAAAUAAUAAGUGUUUUAAUUGGAAAAUCAAAUAAUAUGA